AGUCGCAGUAGUGACCACUAGGGAGCAGUCUGUCCCUGUCCAUGGUGCUGAAUGAAAAGGACAGGGACAUCAUUUCUAACCCACCAAAAAAAGUAAUCUAAUAAUAAUCUGGGUCUAUAUUUGAGCAUAGGAUCUGCUCUAUAGCCCUAAUCCUUCAUCCUUCCGCGAAGCAACAGCUGUUCGGCUUGGAAAGUGAAAACCGACGCGACCCACUUCGGCAGCUUCCUGUACACGGUGAGGUCAGUUUAGAUCAGAUCGGAUCAGAUCGCCCUGGUUUGUGCCUCCAGCUCAUUGGCUAAAUGAAUGUUUGAUGUUAGACAGCAUGGCAGAGAGUAUCUUCCCAUUAAUUUUCCCUGCCCGGGCGGUGAUGGAGGAGAGAGCCGUCCUGCGCCUUUCAUUCUCCUGAUCGAUACGUGUUGUGUGUCCAUGGAUACCGGUACCCUCGCCCAACAGGUAGAGAGCGUCGAGAGGAACAUCAAAUUCUUGCAAAAGGAGCAUCAGGUCCUACUGACUGGCCUGCGACUGGAGAUCCGUCACCUGAAGAAAAGAUGUAAUGAUCUGAGUUGUGAACUGAGCAAAAGUUCUCCUGCAAGAAACAGAGAGGACAUAGCAGCUGAGGAGGAGUUUCUGCAGGCUCGCUUAUUGCAGACAGAGCAUCAUCUCGCCGAACAGGUGUGCUAUCAGGGAGAGCUAAAAGCCAAACUCCGGCACAAGGGGGAGCAAGCGAGUGCUCUGCAGGUCCGACUGCGUGAUGAGGAGCGUCGCUUUUUGGAGGAGCUGAAGCGGCGCAGUCAUAAGAUCACUGCGCUUAGCCGCGAUCUCCGCAAGCAGACCGACAUCGCUGCCCAGCUCACUUUCCAACUCCACUCAGCACGUUUCCGCCUCUAUCAUCAAGCAGAGGAAGAAGGCGAGGACGAGGAAGGCAAAAGAGACGAGAAGGGUCCAGGCUGUUUAUCAAGCUCUCCGCAGGUCUCGGCAGCCAGAGCAGAAGCCAGACAUCGUAGCCACUGUUCAGCAAGAUUGCGAAGGUCAGAACGAGUGAGGGAAUGCGUGCCACAGGAGCGAAUACUGGGCCCGGAGAAGCCCCGCCCAAUGCCUGACCCCGCCCUCUUUCUGUAUCCCUUCCCACAGAGGCUCCUCCCGCUACACAUAUCACUGGGAGGGCACUGUGGGGAGGGUGAUUCACAAAGAAGGAUGGGUAGAAUACGGACCCGAGCAAUGAGAGAAGAUACUGGACCAGAGACUACAGAUUUAUAGUGCAACAGUGAGAUAAAGACUGAUCGGUUACACUUUAGUCCAGUUGCAUAGUCUUCUCCCAGUUCAGCCGAAUGAUAAAGCUCAUAUGGAACAACCUAGCAAAUUAUUUCUUACUGCACCUUUACGACACAUUUGAGCAGAAUGGCCCGCCCACAGGGGCAGGUAUGGCUGAGCUACAACAUUUAUAUCAACAAACAUUUAUGUUCAUAAAGUCAUCACUCCAUGCAUUUUGAAAUACUAAUCACUUCUUUUGAGUAUCCAACGAUUUUAAAAAGUUGCUACGUGACAGAUAUUUACUCCACCUAGUUUUAAUGCACCUAGUGGUCAAAAUGGGAAAUGCAUCAAAUGUUAAAAGCAGCCCACUGGGGCAGGAAUCAUGUGGCCCCAUGAUCAAACUAUUAGCAUGUGAAAAAGGACAGUUAAUGACAGGGUUGCCACUGUUAACGUUUUUAAGCCAAAGUCGAGUAGUCUUCUACGUGACCCUCCAGGAUCACGUCUCAUAGUGAAUAAUCAGAAUUUAGUCUAAUAUGCUAUUCAAACUAAAGGCAAGCUAUAAGUGCAGAAAGUGUGCUGAAGAUGUACAGAAUCAAUUAAAUUGUAUGACUGGAAGAGGACGAGGGGGAUUAUGGAGUGGUUAAUGUUCGUACCUCAGAAAUGUGCAAGCACUACGGUGACCUUGUCCUUCUCUUUUUUUGGAAUAGUUUGUGCACUUUUUGAGAUGUCUCUGGGAUGGAUUUUGCUUUAACCCUGAUUAAUGAUAUAAGCUUUAUGGGAAACUGAUCUGAAAGCAUGUAACGCAAACAAAGGUACAUAUAUAUCAUAUGCUGGAUGACUGUAUUGACCGUGUUGUUGAACCCUUCCUGCCUCUCAACCGGCAGAAAUUCACUAGAUAAUAGCCGAUAGCACAAGUCAAGUGUGAUAGCCUCUCGACAUUGUUUUCCCUGAGGUUAUGUUGUAAUUAACGUAACACCGAAAUCUACGAUCACCAGCCGCUGAUGUGUUUGAGCUCUUUUGGGGCGAUCAGGGUGGUUCACUUGUCCUUUCUCUAGUAGAGUGAUGUUUAACCAGUACAACAUGUAAAUGCAUACAGAAUUAAGUAGUCAGUGCUCUCUUACAGGUGUUCAGCUGUUCAGUGUUGUUGACCUGCAGUUGGCUAGUUCCAUGUGUUAAUAAAGUAGUAGAAGGUUUCUCACUCUCUCUCUCUCUCUCUCUCUCGCUGUCUCUCGCUCUCUCAGGCUGGUAUCUGUUGUGAGUCAUGAGUCGAAAUGGUGUGCAUUUAACACCGGCAGAAAACCAGAAUCGACUCUGUAGAUCUGUAAACCUGUUAAUCUCAGUAACGGUAUUCGUCCACAGAUGACACAGACAUACAAAGGACCAAAUGUUACAUUUUUGUUCAUUUUUUUUUAGAUUAGCAAGGUACUGAGCAGUUAACGAACAACAAUGUAUGAAAAACAGGAUCCAUGUAUAAGACACAUGAAUAAAAAGAUUCAUAUUUAUGUU